AUGCCGGACAAGUCUGUAGUACAGGAAGUGUAUGCCGUAUGGAUUGUUGAAAUAAAAACACUUCAGGAUCUUAUUGAUCUUCAACACGAAGUCGGAGACAUUGCACUUUGCACAGGUUCAUCAGACUUUAUCGAGGUUCUUGGGGAUAUCGAUGACUUUGAGUAUACAUUAGGUGACAAGAUGCAUUGCCCACCGGACAAGAUUGUCAAGGCAAUGGAAUAUUGCAAGAGACAUAGCGAAAUGAUUGCAGAAGGAUACACAUCUAUCCGUGAAGCUGAAGAUGCUGUUUAUAAAGAUUACGGUAUUAAAUUCUAUUCAGACGGAAGGAUAGGUGCUGAAGUUGAAGUCGAAGGUAUAUAUGACAGGGAUGAGUGGAGACCGUUUCCGAAGAUACAUCCUACCAAAGAAGGAUCAUACCUGAUUACUACAAGAAAAGGUAAGGUAUGUACGGCAAGGUAUUAUCCGAAAGACAGGAAGUUCAAUGCUGCUUGCGGAAGAUGUGCUGUAGCAUGGAUGGAACUUCCGUUACCGUGGGAAUUCUAUGACGAUAAGGAUGAGGAUGAUGAGAACUACAAUACCGUUUAA